CACGAAGUGAAACCGCUGCUGCUCGGCCUGCACGAAGAGGGUGCAGAGAAGCACUUUCAAGGUGAGCCCCACCCGACACCGACCGUAUCUGACUCAUUGCCCUCUCAGUCACUGUGCUCGUCUUUGCCUUCAGUGGCCUCUGCCAUUCGCAGUCUCAUUCAUCCUGUCGGUGGGGGAUCGUCCGCUCGAUAGAUCUCGCAGCGUUUCUUCUCUUUUGACGGUGAUCUGCUCCUCAGGGGAACCAUCCUCUGCUCUGCGUCCGUGAUUUCUGAGCGAAGGGCCCGUCAAGGUAGGCCUCAACGUCUGCGAAUGCUGCCCACCUCCUAUCCAUCAGUUGCUGCACGAUUCCCUGUGUUGUCACACUGUCUGCCUCUCAGGUACUGAGUGCACGCCAUGGCUGCUCGGCCGCCACCAUCAGAUGCAUCGCUUCAUUCGGUGACAACUGAGAUGCUCCAGAAUGUCAUCGACGGUGAGGAGGCCGGAGAGACAGACCCAUACACACGGUGAAUCCCCGUACGUGCCCAUCUGUGUCUAUGCAGAUCUGCGUCGUUCGAUGGACAGCGAGAGAAAGACAUUCAACAAACGAAUUGAGGAGCUUGAAGCGCAAAGAGACGAGUACAAGAGCGAGAGGGACGCUUACAAGAAGGAGCGAGACGCUGCGAUGGACAAGCUCAGAGAACUUGAGGCCAAGAUGGCAGCCGAGCAGGAGGCCCACAGCAACGUGGCUCGGACAGUUGUGCAUGACGGAGGCCUUUAUCACGGCUCCAUCCGCAAAGUUGGCGGCACCGAGGUGCCCCACGGGACGGGGCUGCUGCGGUCGCUGGACGGCGAGAGAAAGCGAUAUGAGGGCGAGUGGAAGGACGGCAAGUACCACGGCAGGGGCACUGAGUUCAAUCAAGACAGAGUCGUGUAUGAGGGCGAUUGGCAAGACGGCAAACGACAAGGUCACGGCAUCGAGCACGCGUCAGACGGCCAGCUAAUCUAUGAAGGCGAGUGGACCAACGGAGAGAGGACCAACAAAGGAGAAGGAAAGGUGGGCUUCAUGCAGGUCACUGACGACAAGGGAGAGCUUUUGGGCUAUUAUCACGGCGAGACCCUCAAUGGCCAGCCAAAUGGGAAGGGGGAACUGCGAGACGGCACCAAUCGAGUCACCUACAAGGGCGAGUGGAAGAGCGGCAAGCGACACGGCCAGGGCAAGGAAUGCGCGCCAUGCCAAGUGCUCAACCAGGAACGCAGCCAAUACGAGACCAAGAUGUGUGUCGUGUACGAGGGCGGUUUCGUGGAUGGCAAGUGGCACGGCCAGGGGAAGGCAUACUACGACCACCUUGGUUUUGGUACUGCGUUGUGGUUUGAUGGCGAAUGGCGAGAGGGCCUGAUCAACAGCGGCACCCUCUUCCCUGACGGCACCUGGGGUGGAGGGAAGAUGAGCGGCGGCACCCCCCUUCGGCCCAUCACGCCCAUUCGAUGGCAGGCCGGACAGGGGAUACCCGGGCGGGCGGGGAAGCAGAUAGGAGACCUGCCGAGGUGGCUGCGAGAUCGCGGUGUGUCGGGAUAUUUCCCUGCUGGAGCACUCGGGUAGUGAGUGUGUCUUUCGCGUGUCUGGCUCAUUGUGUCUAUGUCCUGUGCGUCAUUAGUUUCUGG